UGUGAGUCAUCUAAUUCUCUCUUAAUCUCAGGUGCUAUGCCUCCUAGACGCCGGACUUGUGGGGAAACCCCUCCCAUUCCAGGAGAUGAGCAUACUCUUGGAGGAAUAGCGGAAGCGUUGGGACGUAUUGUGCAGCAGUUGACUGCAGCGCUUCCAGGCUCCCGAACUGACUUUACUAUGGAGCGAGCGAAGAGGCAUGGAGCUUAUAGCUUCUCUCAUGCUCCUGAGGCUAUGGAUGCCCAGAAUUGGUUGAAUAAAAUGGAGAGAGUUUUCACUCAAAUCCAUUGCCCAGAGGAUCGAAAAGUGGGCUUAGCGGUGGAUUUUCUGGAUGGUGUGGCUUUUGAUUGGUGGUCUUAUAUGAGCAGGGAUUUAGAGAUUGAUGGCCCAAUCACUUGGGAACAGUUCAAAGAGCACUUUAGUGAGAGAUAUUUUGGCACAGCCAUUCGGGAUAGGAUGAAAUAUGAGUUCAUGCAUCUACAAAAAGGGGACAUGACCGUAACAGAGUUUGAGCAGCGGUUCACCCAGCUAGCCCAGUUUGUGCCUGAUAUGGUUAGCACUGAGAGGGAGCGGAUUUAUAGGUUUGUGGAUGCUUUGGGGGGUAAGUAUUCUGAUCAGCUGACAGGAGUGCCAUUUAAUGAUUAUGCUGAGGUCGUUAAUGCUGCUUUACGACUUGAGACUAGGUAUAUGUCUGGUACCCGACCUCGGGAUUUGGGUGGCCCCAGUCAGGGCCCACCCAAGAAGGCUGCUUCUACUUCUGGGUCAGGAUCUUCAGCAGGCAGCGGACAGAGCAGUGGGUCUGGUGCUGGAUCUCGUUAUAGACGCGGGGGACGUGACAGGAGAUUUCCUAGGGGGCAGUUUAGUGGACGCCCGUUUGGGCAGAGCAGAGUUGGUUUUGGUGGUCAGCACAGGGCUCCAGCUAGGCAGCCAGCCCCGUUUGGGCAAUAUCAGUCAGUCGGAUGCUUUGAGUGUGGACAGCAGGGCCACUUUAGGAGGGAUUGCCCUCUAUUGACUCAGAGAGCUGCAUUUACUCCUUAUCAGACCGCGGGUCAGUCUUCUGCCGGUACAUCUACUAGUGGUACCGUGGCUGCUACUAGCGGUACCCAUAUCAGUUCAGCAGCCCGUGGCAGCCCGCAGCGGGGUAGGGGUCAGAGAGGACGUCCUACCACUCAGGCUAGGUUGCAUGCCAUGACGCAGCAGGAGGGCCACGACUCACCAGAUGUUAUCAUUGCUAUGGAGAUGAGCAAACACCUGUCACAGACCUACAACAACUACGAUAUUUUCAGCCUACAUAUGUAUGUGUUGAUGGUGAUGGGACAGUUCCAGCAGAAUCAGCCAAGGCUGAUGGGCUCCGUGCAGAAGCCAGGGUUGGAGUUCCUGGUGAGCAUCGGGGAAUCCUUUGUGAGCAUCAUGUAUUCCGGAUACUCAAGCACUGGUUGAAAGCAGACCAUGAACCUUACUACAACCCUCUAAACGAUUAUGUGGUUCUACCCACUGCGUUUGAAAUGGAGAAGCACAAAGAGAAAGGACUCGAAGUAACAUCUCUUAAAGAGGAGUGGGAAAUCAUAGCAGACGAUCAAGACGAUAAUUACAAGAAUAUAACUGGUGAUGGAAACCCUAUGGUGAGCUCCAUAUCUUUUUCUCAAGAGGGAGCAGAGGCUCGUGCAACUGUCACUGUUUACCCUGAGAAUGAGGGCAAACAACAUGUGGAGCUCAAUGCUCUAAGUGUGUCGGUUGAUGCCUGAAAAAAGUCACGGCAUCAUAUUGAAAACUCGUAUGUGUAUAGUCAUUCAUGAUCAUCUUGAACACUCCACUGUAUAUAGUCAUUCAUGUGGUUUACUAGCUUUGUACAUAGAAUCUUGUUUCAAACUAUCGUAUUCCUUCGCCAACUUAAAGAUUGGAAAUGCAAGUGCCUUUGUAUGUAUAUAUGACGAGAUAAGGUCAAUGGUAAAUUGGUAAUCGUAUAUGGAGAUGGAUCGCUUCAGUAA